UAAGUAUUGUGGGACGUGUAGUUCCGCUUGUAGGCCGCUGGUCUGGAUAACAGCACACGAAGGAACCAAACAAAACAAAAAUUAGGGAAACUUCUAACGGACUGCAGUAAUACUGGUGGGGAUUGUACACAAUCAUGCCCGGCUUUACUUGCUGCGUGCCUGGAUGCUACAACAACUCGCACCGGGACCGCGAGCUGCGAUUCUACACAUUUCCCAAGGACCCCUGUCAGCGCGAGAUAUGGCUGAAGAACAUUUCGCGGGCCGGAGUGAGCGGCUGCUUCAGCACCUUCCAGCCCACCACCGGGCACCGUGUCUGCAGCGUACACUUCCCCGGGGGCAGGAAGACCUACACCAUCCGCGUCCCGACACUUUUCCCUCUGCGUGGCGUGAACGAGAGAAAGAGUAGACGGGGCAGACGCAGGAAGGUGUCCUCCUCCGUUGUGCCCAUCAUUACCUCUGAGGCAGCACCAGUGGAGGAGGUGGGGGACACCGAAAGCACGACCGUGGUGCAGAUAGGCCAGAACGGCCAGUACAUAACACCCGUGGAUCUCACGGUGGUCGUGUCCGGUUCGGGGGGAGACCUGCCCGCGGGCAGCGCGAUCCCUUUGGCCGAUCUCGCUCUAUGCGGAGCGGAUCACUCGUACUCGCUCACCACCGGAACGACGUCGGCAGAACUGCUGCGGAAACUGAACGAGCAGCGGGAUAUCAUCGCGCUGAUGGAGAUCAAGAUGAAGGAGAUGAAGAACACCAUCCGACAGCUGCGCGUCUCCGAGGCGCGUCUGCAAGAGGAGCUGCGGGAAAGGGACCGUCUGAUCUCCACCGGCGCCGUCAUUAGGAAGAAAAUCUGAGGAUCAACGCGAAAACGAUGGACUAAAAACGCACAGGACGGUCUGUGUGUAAGACCUCAGCAACAAGGCGACGACAAUUGAAUUUCAUCGUAGUUCUCCUUAAGCUUUCUCCAUGUGUAUGUGUCAGUAUGUUAGAUGCACGGGCUGUCCGGUACAGCGCAAUACGGGACUGAAAACAGCAGACUGGUCCUUCUCAUUUUAUAUUUAAUGACAUACAUUUGUGUUGAUUCUGAGAUGAAGGGGCUUUUCUCUCCGCAGCAGCAGUUUUGCCCUAGAUCUGCCUACUGCCACUUGUCACGAUGUUACACGCACACAGAGACUUCGUCAUACAAGUGUGUGCACAACUGCUUAUCAUUUGGGGUUCUCGUCCAUUGUUUUUACUUAGCGAGAUCUGGGAUCAGAGCUUCUGGUCCAGGUGAACUGCAGACAGUAAAGACAAAUGGCUGAAGUAAACUGCUUUUGAACA